CCCCAGCUAGAAGUAGAACCCUCCCCUUCUCAAAUUUGAAGGCUAAACAGAAAAAAUAAAAUGUCCUUAUCUCGCCACCUCCUCCGCCGCGCACCACCCCCGGCAGCGUCAUUAAACCCUCUCUUCCACCUUCGCAACGCCUUCUCCACUACCACCACUCACCACAUCGAUCACCAGCGUAAUCACGAGUUUCUCCCGCCAGACAAGUACCUCAGCUCAUGGAAAGCCCCAAAGGACCCCAAAGAAGCUCAGGCGAAGCUCGCGAUGUUGCGGCGGGAGUAUGGGAAGAAGGUCAAAGCCGUCCGCAAAGAGUACAUUCGCGAAAUGGAAUUUCAGAAGCUCGAAAAGCUUAAGAAGGACGAAGCGAAGAAAGAGGCAUUGAGGAUCGCAAGUGAACAGAGGAAAGCGGCGAAAGAGGCCGAGAAGAAGGCCAAGGCGAAAGAAAGAGAAGUUGCCGAGGAGGAGUUCCGACAAACCCUAUUGAAAGAAAGAGCUCAGAAGCUUGAGUACUGGAGAAUGAGAACAAAACAAGUUGAGGAAAAGGAGGAGGAGAAGAAUGAGCUUCUUCGUCGACAAAGUUCAGUAUGGAUUAAUGAAGCUGAUUUGGAGAAGAAGAUCCUCGAGGCUAUUGUUGAUGGUACUCCCCUAUAGGGUAUCAAAGUCAACUCGCAAUGCUUCUUGAGGAGAUCUCUCUCUCUCUCUAUAACUUUUGGACAGCACAAGGACAAGGAUGAUGAGUUCUUGAUGCUAUGUCUGCAAUUUUCAUAUUAUCUUUUAAUUGUAUCUGUGACUCCCUUUAUUGGAUUAAAUGGUAUACUGGCAGUGAAACUCCCUUUGUAGGAAGUUCUGUCAAGAAGAGCUUCAAAUGAGUCAAGUCUUUGUAAUAGAAAACUUGGAUAUAGCUCAUAAGGUCAAAUGAAUUUAGAUAAAACUGAGUUCAGUAUGAGAAACUUUUUCCCUUUUUUU